AUGAGUGACAGCACUCGCAUCCCACCCACCCCUGUGACGAUCAGCCCAGACACGCCGACGCCUCAUUUCGACGUCGACGAGAUGCGCCGGAUCUUUGAGGCCGAUCAAAGUCACGACAACGAGCAGAUGAACAGUUCGUUCCUCCAUCUAAAAUCACAGACUUCUACUGAUGGACUGAUAAGACCGGAAACAGCACUCCUGGCCGAGUUUGAUCAGCUGAUGAAGGACUUUGAAGUGUGGAGUCAUGCGCACGUCUCGCGCCGAGCGAUCGAGGACCAGAUGGACUUGGAAAACAUGGCACAAGAACUCGCCAAGGAAGAAGAGCGGAACCGUACGUUCAAAUGACAGAACACCUCUUCGCCAACUAACUCCGCACGAUUGUCUUUGACUGAUCUACAAGAGUACAUCGGCCACAGAGCAGCAAAAGAACUCGAUUGCUGCGUACGUCGUACAACCGAUAGGCGUCGCACCUUGCAGGCACAAGUCAACGCUAACUCGUACAUCGACUUCUCAGCCUAAUGAGGUCCAUCGUUGGAGCCGUCGAAGCUUUUCGUCAAGACAAAAUCGAUGUGUCGCCAGUUCCAACCCAAGAUUGA